AGCCAUUUUGGUUCAAGCCAUAUCGGCUCAGGCCGCCCUGGGCGAACGGAUUGCCCAGCCAUCUCCACUCGCUCCCUUGCCGCUCCUGGGUUCCAGUGGCCAUGGAUCAGACCGAGAAGGCCUUCCAGAAGCAGGACGCCGUGUUUAUUGGAGCGAAGCGCCUGCUCGGGAAGAAGGCCGGCAAGAAGGCCCUGCGGUAUUGGCGCAACGUCGGCCUCGGCUUCAGCACCCCGAAGGAGGCGAAGGAGGGGAACUUCGUCGAUAAGAAAUGCCCGUUCACGGGGAACGUCAGCAUCCGCGGCAAGAUCCUGAAGGGCAUGGCGAUCUCCUGCAAGAUGAAGAGGACUGUCAUCAUCAGGCGCAACUUCCUCCACUACAUCAAGAAGUUCAACCGCUUCGAGAAGCGCCACACCAACCUGGCCGCGCACUGCUCCCCGGCCUUCGACGUGAAGGAGGGUGAUAUCCUGACCGUGGGCCAGUGCAGGCCUCUCUGUAAGACGGUGCGCUUCAACGUGCUCAAGGUGGAGAAGAACCAGAUCUUCGGGACCGCUCGCAAGCAGUUCCGGCUGUUCUGAGCUUCUUGUCGGCGACCCGAGUGGCUCCUCCUUCCCCUCGUCCUCCCAUCUUCCUCCGCUUCGUCCUCCCCGUUCUCCCCCGUCUCCUCCUCGUCCUCCGUCCUUCCCCUCCUCCUUGUCUUCGUCCUCGUCCUCGUCCCCCUCCUCCCCCUCCGUCUCCAUCUCGCCGCCCCCUUACUCGUCCCUCGGCCCCGCUCUCCUGUUGGCUGCCCCGGGGCCUCGGUCCGGAUCGCCAGUGGCCAGAAGCAACAAAAAAAUGCGCGCUCGCGCGGGGCGGGCCAGACUCGAGGGCUCGAGCGCUGUGCGCGGUGGGACCCAACACCACAUGUUGGUUGGGAUGACUGCGCGCGCGAGGAGCGGGCCAGACUCGAGGGCCCGAGCGCUGUGCGCGGUGGCGCGCUGGCCGGCCGUGCGGCGCCGCGCCCCCCGGGGGCUGUCGGAGAGCACGGAAGGCGUGCCAGGCUGAGGCAGCGCGCAAGGUCAAGGAGGCGGUCCCACCGAUGAGCCGCGCCCGAUGGUGCACGCUGUGAAG